CAGCAGCACAGGAUGUUGGGACUUUUUCUCCAAGUUUCUGUCAGAUCAGCUGAUCGCCUCAUCCAGGCACAGACCCGCAGCAGCAGCACCCGCAGCUAGCGGAGCAGCUGGUAGUACGAGCUAUGACUGCACAUGUCGAUGCACAAGGUGUCGGUAUAAUAAGGUCCUGGCCUUGAUAAGCAGUUGAGUUUCUGGCUACCCAGCAGAGUGGAAGCUUCAACUGGAGAUUAAUUAUGUCUUAUCGCUAAAAUGGGAGGAAGUGGAUCCAAAGUCAAAGGUGUCUGGCCUUUCUCAGGCAGUGGAGGCGAUUCUGGAAACGAGGGAAACGAGCAAACUUUGGCCCGCCUGAAAGGUUCCAAGAAUGCAACACCAUUUGUUUUCACAAGAAGGAGUUCCCUGUACUAUGACGAGGACGGUGACCUCGCCCAUGAAUUCUACGAGGAGACGGUGGUGACGAAAAAUGGCAGAAAAAAGUCCAAGUUGAGGAGGAUCCAGAAAAAUCUGAUUCCUCAGGGAAUCGUGAAGCUCGACCACCCCUGCAUUCAUGUAGAUUUCCCCAUCGUCCUGUGUGAAGUGUGAGAAGUUUCACGGUGACUGAUGGUUUACAAUCAGAGCAACGUUGGGUUACAGUCAGAGGCCUCGCGGUGAAGGCUUUGCUGUCCUUUUGAAAUGCUGUGCUGACUGAAACGUUACCAGAACUGUGGUCCUGAGGUGUACUGUUCACUAAAACAAACACAUUUUGACAUUCACAAAUAUAGUGAUGGUUCACCUUGUGUUCCCAACAAGCUGUUAUGGAGAAUAUUGUACAAGGUAUUUUCUUUCUUCAAUUUUUUAAUUUCAUUUUUCAGGGAAGACAUCAAUGUGAAAAGGCUUUAACGGUUCUUACCUUCUGUGCGAUGUAGUGUUGCACUGUGUUGAUUUUUACUUGCACAUAUGUUGGUUUUAUUUGGGUGAAUGUGUUAAAAAUAGAUUAUAGGGUGUAGAUAAUAUUGGACUGUGUCAUCUAUUAAGUGUAUAUUCAUGUUCUGUAUUGUCAUGUCUGAGUCUGUUUUAGUUACUGAAGCUCAGACCUGCACUAGUGAACAUAAAGUUCUGUAAAUAACCUCAGAUUUCUUAGUUGGAAAUACUUGAAUAAAUGGUUUACUUAAUUGAAAA